ACAACGGCUUGCGACUCGAAAUUUUUCCCGUUGUACGACUCGUUGUAGCCGUUGUACCACUUAUUGUACGAUCCAGAUGCGACAAAAUGGUCGCAUCUCGGUCGGGAAAAAAAACCGUGCUGCUGCGAUAUUUUGAGCGACUGACGCGAUGAAAAAUAAUUGCACGACAGGCAGUACGAGUGUUGUGCGACUUUGCACGCACUCGUAAGACCCCGAACGAGUGUUGCACGAGUAUUUUCAUGUCGUACGAUGAUGCAUCCUGUCGUACGAGUCCGUUGUACCACCCUAAGACUAUUGGAAGACCUGUCUUGCCCCCUUUGCAACGUUGUACGAUUUUUUUUCACCCCCAAUAUAAGCUCGAGAACUCCUGAGCUUUCAUCCCAAAUGUCUGGACCAUCCAUACUGUAAACAUGGCUGCUGCUCGACCAAUAGCUCCUGGGAGGCUCUUGCAUUUGCUAAGUCUGAGAAGGCAAAUCCAAAACGUUCAAGACAGACAUGUCAUAUUGAUGGCCUUACUCAUCCGUAGACGUCAAAGACAUGCAAGGCAAAGAAGAAGGUGGUGGGUCAAACCCUGGAUUGAGAGACGUGUGCUGUUUGGACAGUAUGAUAAUCUGAUGACGGAGUUGCAGAGAGAAUGUCAGGGUGACUUCCUGAACUACAUGAGGAUGCCACCAGAAACGUUCCUUGAACUGUUGCAGCGCAUCACUCCGAGGAUAGAGAAGUCCUAUCGCUACCGGCAGCCACUGGAUCCUGGGCUCAAACUGGCCAUCACCUUGAGAUAUCUUGCGACCGGCAACAGCUACAAAACCCUGCAGUAUGCCUUCCGUGUUGCCCAUAAUACCAUCUCUCUGUUUAUACCAGAGGUGUGCCAGGCCAUCAUCAGUGAAUACCAAGAUGAAGUAUUUUCCUGUCCAACUACCCCAGAUGAAUGGAGAGAAGUGGCCCGGACUUACGCUGACAGAUGGAACUUUCAUCAUGUCUGCGGAGCCUUGGACGGAAAACACGUGGCCAUCAGAAAUCCACCAGGCUCUGGUACGAUCUACUACAACUACAAGGGUUUCUACAGCCUCAUCCUCUUGGCCCUAGUUGAUGGCAAUUACAAGUUCCUCUGGGCUGACGUUGGUAAUCCCGGUUCAUCAUCGGAUGCCCAGGUCUUCAACCACAGCCCGCUGAGACGUGGACUGGAGAAUGGUACUCUUGGCCUGCCAGAUCCAGAGCCCCUGCCAGAUGAUGACCGAGACACUCCUUACUUCUUAAUUGGGGACGACGCCUUCCCUCUCAGGACAUGGAUGCAGAAGCCGUACUCCAACCGUGAGCAGACCGACGAGGAGAGAACCUUCAACUACCGUCUCUUGAGGGCUCGCCGUGUGGUGGAGAACAGCUUUGGCAUCCUUGCCCAUCGCUGGAGAUGCUUGUUGAGUACCCUACAGCUUGAUCCAGAAAAAGCCAGGACAGUCAUUAUGGCCUGCAUGUGCCUCCACAACCUAAUGAGAGAUCGUUUUCCUGGGCUUCAGAACAUUGACGUUGACCAUGAAGAUGAGUUGGGCAACCACAUCCCUGGGGCAUGGAGAAACGCAGCAGUUCUGCAGGAUGUUGAACGAGUUGGCGGAGGCUACCAGGCAAACAAAGAGGGCAAGAAGCUGAGAACUUACCUGAAGCACUACUACAACAGUCCAGUUGGAAGCCUGCCCUGGCAACAACACAUGAUAUAGACUGCCACUUGGCGCACUACUUGGGAUAAAGCACAGACUCUGCCAUAAAAAUGGCAUGUAAACUUCGAUCAUGAUUUUGUGGAAUGAAUCAUUUCAAAGUAGAAAUGAAUGACCAUGUCAACAGUUAUUUUAAACAUACAUUACUUUUACAUCGAAAGGUAGUUUGAAAUUUAAAAAGUUAACUCUCCUUAAUAACAUGUGUUUGAAAUAAAAUAAUGAAGGAGAACAUGUUUGAAAAAAUGUGAUUUAUGAGAAUAAAAAAGAUGUACAGAUAUAACAUAUUUUCUUUUGUCAUUAAUCAUGUUGUUUUAAACAUGAUAUAUAUUUUUCAAAGACAUUUUAUUAACGAUAAUUAAUUUUAUUGACCAUGUUAAUGUUUAAAAUAAAGUUUGAAAUAAAUGUUCCAAAAUGGGUCAGUUGUAAAUUAAAUUGAGAGAGUUCAUCAAGUAACAAUAACAAUCCAAACAAAAGUUCACUGUUCAUUUUCUUUAUUUGACAAGUCUGACAAGUUCAAAUGGAUGAUGAUUGAUGUGACGGCGCUGUUGCUGCCUCCUUGAUUUAGUGGAAUGAAUCAUUUCAAAGAAGAAAUGACUGAUCAUGUCAACAUUUAUUUUAAACAUACAUUACUUUUACAUCGAAAGGUAGUUUGAAAUUUAAAAAGUUAACUCUCCUUAAUAACAUGUGUUUGAAAUAAAAUAAUGAAGGAGAACAUGUUUGAAAAAAAUGUGAUUUAUGAGAAUAAAAAAGA